AUGAAGCGUCAAGUCGCUCGUCAAAUCCGCAGUGCCCUGCAAACGACCCGUCUACCUGUCGCUGCCCUUCCUCUUCACGCGUCUCGCUGCUACUCUACGCAUCCUCCAAACGCCAAGCUCAACUUGCCCAUUGAAUAUGGCUCUACUCCAUUAUUAGCGCACAGUGCUGAUGCGGUGCAAAAAAAUAUCGAGAUUCCUGCCGAGGUCCGCAACGGCGCAACCAAAAAGCUGAAUCUCUUCCAAGCAGUCAACGAUGCCCUCGGCACCGCUCUUGCAGAGGACGAGUCAGUGGUCGUCUUCGGCGAGGAUGUCGCUUUUGGUGGUGUGUUUCGAUGCACAAUGAAGUUGGCCGAGACACAUGGUAGCGAGCGCGUCUUCAACACGCCUCUCUCGGAGCAAGGCAUUCUGGGUUUCGGUAUUGGUCUUGCCGCAGAGGGCAUGCGCCCUGUUGCCGAGAUUCAGUUUGCCGAUUACGUUUACCCAGCCUUUGAUCAGAUUGUCAACGAAGCGGCCAAGAUGCGAUACCGCGAUGGUGACAACGGUCGCGGCGCUGGUGGCCUCACAGUUCGCAUGCCAUGCGGUGGUGUCGGCCACGGUGCUCUCUAUCACUCACAAUCUCCGGAAAGCUUAUUCACCCACGUUCCCGGACUCCGCGUCAUUAUGCCAAGAUCCCCUAUCCAAGCCAAGGGCCUGCUUCUAUCCGCGAUUCGCAGCAACGACCCGUGUAUCUUUAUGGAGCCAAAGAUUCUUUAUCGCGCCGCCGUUGAGCAGGUUCCUGUCGCCUCCUAUGAGCUCCCACUUUCCAAAGCCGAGAUACUCAAGGAGGGCAGCAAUGUCACGGUUAUCUCUUACGGUCAACCUCUUUACUACUGCAUCGAGGCCAUCCGCCAGCUGGAGGCUCAGCGUCCUGAUGUAUCCAUCGAGCUCAUUGAUUUGCGCACUAUUCAUCCUUUUGACAGAGAGACCAUCUUUGAGAGCGUUAAGAAGACUGGAAGAGUUAUGAUCGUUCAUGAGGCUUACACGACAGCUAGUGUUGCUUCCGAGGUCGCCGCGGCUAUCCAAGAAAACCCCGAUACCUUCAAUAGACUGGAGGCGCCUGUCCGCCGCGUGGCCGGCUGGGAUAUCCACAACUCUUUGGCCUUUGAGCGAUUCCACCUUCCAGAUAUCACAAGAGUGUAUGAUAACAUCAAGCGCCUGUUGGAUUAUUAG